AGUCCCUCGCUGGAAGAAGAGGUUACGUUCGCGUGCAUCCGACACGCGUCAGACGUGAUAACAUGGGGUGUGACUUGUCAGCGGGUACUCGUGGAAAUGAUGUCGCGACCUUGAAGGACGAUCCUGUCAAUCGAGACGUCAGCCUGGGGCUUCCGCGCUCGACGUAAUCGUUGGCUGUCUUCGACGAGGAAGGUUCCCCCCCUGGAACGUGUCACGAGCGAACAUGUGGGUGUUUGGUUAUGGCUCCCUGAUAUGGAAGGCCGACUUCCCCUACGAGAAGAAGCUCGUCGGCCACAUCAAGGGAUACGUCAGGCGAUUCUACCAGAAGAGCACCGAUCACAGAGGGGUGCCUAACAGGCCUGGACGUGUAGUGACGCUGCUCGCCUCUAGUGAUCCCAACGACGAGGUAUGGGGACUGGCGUACAAGAUAUCCAGCGAGAACAUAGACAAUGUGGUGAAUCACCUGGAUUUUCGAGAGAAGGGUGGAUAUAAGAAGAAAACCGUCCUUUUUUAUCCCUGCAAUUUCUCCAAAUCUGUCCAGAGCACCUCGAACGCCAAUGUCUUCUCGAGUGAUCUCACGCAGACGAGCAUAUCGACAGCUUCUUUGUCCAUCGCUGUGGAUGAAGCACCAUUCUACCUCACUAUUUACAUAGGUGAAGAAGAUAAUCCAAACUUUGCCGGUACAGAAAAUAUAGAUAUCAUUGCGAGCCAUAUCCUCGUUUCACGAGGUAUCAGCGGCUCUAACACGGAAUAUCUCUACAAACUGGCAUCUGCGAUGCGUACAAUAGCUCCUGGUGUACAAGACGAGCAUCUGUUUGCUUUGGAAAGAGCCGUGAAACAGCUGGAGGAGGAGAGAGAUAAUGAAUUGGAUCAAUUUUCUUAAAAAUUUAUGAUAACAAGUGUAAACCGGUGCAUCGCAAAAUAUAGGAAAAUAUGGUCAAUUGCAUCAUUAAUCAAUUUUUUGCAAGACCAUUUAAUUUAAUUUAUUCUUUUUUCUUUAGCUAAUGUAGAGAAUGUUUAUGGUUAAGAUUAUAUUUAUGUAACAAUUGUAUAUUAGUUAUUCUUUCGCUGUGGCCCAAGAUUAAAGGUAGUUGUAAUUAUAAUUAAUCGAUUGUUGGUGCAAUUGGUCCAGAAAUAAAAGGAAAAUGAAAGACGUUGCAGCAAUUAGGAAAAUUUAUAUUUCCACGAGGGUUGCAGAAAAGAGCAUUCAUUAUAAUCAACGAUGAAGAAUAAAUUAUCUUAUUUAUUAGCAAAAUAAA